AUGGCCUCUCGUAAUGACGGUAUCCAGCUUCUUCUACAAGCUGAAAAGAAGGCAGCGGACAAGGUUUCUGAAGCUAAAAGGCGAAAGGUGAAAAGACUUCAGGAGGCCAAGGCAGAGGCCGCGACUGAAAUCGGAAUUGAGAAGAAGGAACGUGAGCGACAGUACAAAUUACGCGAGGAUGAGGUUUUCGGUCGACGCAGUAAUACUGAGGCCGAAAUUGCUGCUGUGACACAGAAGACCCUUGAUAUGCAGGCCGAGUCAGUGCGGAGGAACAGGGACGUCACCAUCCGAUUGCUAUUGGAACAAGUUCUUGCCGUAGACCCGCAGGUUCACAUCAAUUACCGCCCCCAACAGAAAGCCCAGUAA